AUGGCCGAAGAUGCCCAAGCCCACCACUUGGAGAUAGUCCGAAGAAUGACAGCUCAAAUCAACGCAGACAAAGCUGCCGAGAAUACAAGCUCUAUCAACAACGGCCAUAAACGAGUACGACCCUCUGGCCCUGGCGAAACCGUUGAUGACGUUGACACAUCAAUGAUGCCUACCCCAACUCAAGCCUUCCCCAACGCCGACUUCGAACUCGACUCUUCCGCGCCUGCAACUCCUCGUGUGUCCACAAUGGCUGGCCAGAAGCGCCGCCUAUCAUCACCACCACCCUCCGAUGCAGCAGCCAAUCGCGUCAAAGUUUACCUCACCAACAAUGACUUUCCUCAGGGUACCGUCGUCGAAGUACCAGCGCCGGACUUACCCUCUGGUCUAUACAUGCCAGCGGUACGGCCCGUCCAUCCCAACCCGGCACUCACCACACAAACCCUCAACAUCAUGCAGCCCGGCAUCACCUUCGAACGCUACCGCUGCGCCAAGAAGUGCCGCAACCAAGGCACCUGCGUGCACUACCACUUUGUACUCGGCGCAAGACGCACCGCCGACGGACUCAUCUGCGCGAAAUGCUCUCAGCUUGGCACCGAAGAAACGGCAAUCAAAGGCAAGCGCCUCUGCCCCUUCCACGAAAGCGACUCGUCUCUCUCGGUGAACCCCAUCGCCAACCUGCCCUGCGACUACCUCGCCACGCCCGAGCAGCGCGACCGCAUGGUGGAGAUCCUUGAGCGCGCGUGGCGCAACGAGUGGAGUGGACGCGUCGAGGAAGUGCAGUACGCGGCACCUCCGGACGGCGGGUUUGCGGGUGAUGUGGCCAUGACCGGUGCCGGUGCCAGCGCGGCGGAUGCUGCUGGGCAGACAUUGCUUGAUGCCGGUCAGGUGUUGGGGCGAGGACAGCAGGGUGGGAAGACGGCGGAGAAGCAGCAGCUGAGGUCGGCGCCAGCGGCGAUGCAGAACUUUCGGCUUGGGGGCUAUGAUUUCGGGUUGCCGUCAAUGCAUGACGUUGGGGAUGACUUCUUUCAGCAGUAG